AUGGAAGAGCACUUGUUACGAGCACCCGAGCCGCGUCGGGUGGAAAAACACUUCGAGAACGAGAUAUCGACAGCUUCACAGCCAGACACCAUCAAGUCAACCACUCCCCAACCACAACGCGCUCAAAUCGCAUAUUACAGGCCGUUCAUUCCUGACCCAAUGGACGAGACCAUACUGCCGGAACCAGAACGAAAAACAGCUUCUUAUCACGAUAUUUCCGAACUUUGUGGUCUGUCAAAGCAACCGUCAGUGAGCACAUUGGAGCAUCCAGAAGAAAAGAAAGCAGAACUGACGCCAUUCAUUCCCGAUCCGAUGGAAGAAACUCUCCUCCCUGCACCGGAACGACACAGAGCAUCUUUUCAUGACAUCUCUGAGAUUGGUGGCCUUUCGAAGCAACCAUCAAUGGGCACGCUUGUGCAACCAGAGGAGAAGAAGGCUGAAUUCAUCUACUAUAGACCUGGAUUUGACAAUGUACCGUCAUAUUAA